AUGCUAUCAAGAUCCUCCCAGAAGACGGCGCAGACGCUCCUGCGGGGCGCGCGACCAGCCUCACGAUGCAUCGCUGGCCCGUCCAUGGCCACCCGCAGUAUGGCCACGGUCAACCACGACAUCUUCAAGCCCACCAAGUUUGGGGGCAAGUACACCGUCACCUUGAUCCCUGGUGACGGUAUCGGUGCCGAAGUGUCCGAGUCGGUUAAGCAGAUCUUCAAGGCCGACAACGUGCCCAUCGAGUGGGAGCAGGUCAACGUUACCGGUGUCGAGACGGGCAACAAGCACUCUGAGGAGCUCUUCCGCGAAGCCAUCGCCUCGCUCAAGCGCAACAAGCUCGGUCUCAAGGGUAUUCUUCACACGCCUAUCGAGCGCUCCGGCCACCAGUCGUUCAACGUCGCUCUCCGCCAGGAGCUCGACAUCUACGCCUCCAUUGUCCUGAUCAAGAACAUCCCCGGCUACGAGACGCGCCACAAGGACAUCGACCUCUGCAUCAUCCGUGAGAACACCGAGGGUGAAUACUCUGGUCUGGAGCACCAGUCUGUCGAUGGUGUUGUCGAGUCGCUCAAGAUCAUCACCCGCGCUAAGUCGGAGCGCAUCGCCAAGUUCGCCUUUGCCUUUGCGCUGGCCAACAACCGCAAGAAGGUUACCUGCAUCCACAAGGCCAACAUCAUGAAGCUUGCCGAUGGUCUUUUCCGCAACACCUGUAAGAAGGUGUCGGAGGACUACCCCACGGUUGAGUACAACGACAUGAUUGUUGACAACGCGUCCAUGCAGUGCGUGUCGAGACCCCAGCAGUUCGACGUCAUGGUCAUGCCCAACUUGUACGGAGGUAUCCUCUCCAAUAUUGGUGCUGGCCUUGUUGGUGGCCCUGGUAUCGUGCCUGGCUGCAACAUGGGCCGCAACGUCGCUGUUUUCGAGCCCGGCUGCCGUCACGUCGGCCUCGACAUCAAGGGCAAGGACCAGGCCAACCCUAGCGCUUUGAUCCUUUCCGCCGCCAUGCUUCUGCGACACCUUGGUCUCGACGACCACGCCAACCGCAUCUCCCAGUCCGUCUACCGGGUCAUCGAGGAGGGGACACGAACACGCGACAUGGGAGGCAACUCCACCACGCAAGAAUUCACCAGGUCUAUCUUGAAUGCGAUGGAGAAGGCAUGA